AUGUCCACUCAACCAGCGAAGCAUGAAACAGUUGUCAAAGAUGUAGAAAUCUGUCAGAAACGACCAGUGGUACCAGACGGAGGCUGGGGAUGGGUCGUCUGCUUUGCUGCAGCUUGUACCUGUUUCAUAGUGAGUGGACUAGCAAGUUCUUCUGGAAUAUUCCUUAUCGGACUCAGAAAAAUCUUCGAUGACCACAUUUCCAAGUUAUCUACAGUGGGAGCCCUGGUAGAAGGACUUAGCAUGAUGGCAGCUCCAGUUGCCAGUAUUCUGUUGAAUUACUUUAGCCAUCAGACAGUGUUGAUAUUAGCAGGUCUUAUUGGAUUCACAGGUGCCAUAUUAGGAACAUUUUCUGUCAGUAUCGAUAUGAUGAUAGUAACAUAUGGCCUCAUAUCAGGUGUAUCCCUUGGAAUGUCUUUUUUCACCUGCCAGAUUAUUGUAGGUCUCUACUUUGAUAAGAAACGAGCAUUGGCAAUAGGAAUUACCAAUUGCGGGGGAGGAAUGGGCACAAUGUUGUUUAGCUUGAUUGUUCAGUCACUUUUAGAAUUUUAUGGACUUAGAAGCACGUUGCUCCUUAUAGCGGGAAUUCUUCUGAAUAUCACUGUGUUGGGAGCCCUUUGCCGACCUCUGCCCUACACCCACGCAGGGGAUGGAAACACAGAAUGUAAAGGUGAGUUCAUUCAGGUUCGGAGUUCUCAUUUACGAAAAUUCAAUAUCUGUUACGGCUACGGAUUGGAUAUGCGCAGAAAAUCGAACAUGUGCAGUGGUUACUUGAAAUUAGUUGGACAAGAAAACGGGAGUCCUCCUCCACCAGCAGAUAAAAGUGGUAUCAACGAUGAGACGAUUGUAAAGAAGCAGAAAAUCGACGGAGGUUCAAUCCUGAAGCGAUGUUCAGCUAUAAUUGGCGUGGAACUUUUUAAAAAUAUUAACUUUGUGUUGCUGACGAUCUCCUACACGUUUUGGGUGUCUACUGUCGUAAUGUAUACCUUCGUACCACCUCUGUGUGUUUGGUCGUUUGGAAUGAGCAAACAGACAGCUGCGCUUUUGAUGUUGUUUCUGGGGUUGUUUGCGACAAUUGGUGAACUGUUACUCGGAGUAUUCAUCGAUUUCUUUCACUUCAGUAGCAACAAAUUAUAUAUUUUUUCCUUGGUGGUGCACGUAGUCACUGCAAUAUUGAUACCACAUUGCAAUAGAUUUGAAUACAUGGCGCCUGUGGUUUCUGUCUUUGGAUUCGUAGAUGGAAUGUCGGUGUCUCUCAGAUUGAUCCUAACUACAGAAAUUGUUGGCUUAGAACAUUCCACAAAAGCGUUCAGUGUUCUUAGUUUCUUCUGUGGAAUUUUAUUUUCCGCUUCUCCCCCAAUCUAUGGGCUGGUUUUCGAUACGACACAAUCAUUCCUGGCUGUUUUCUACGGAGGUGGAGCUUGCUCGUUAAUUGCAAUCAUUUUCUUUAUGUUAAUUAUGUAUCGCAAUAAAAUACACGAAAAACGUCUGCAGAAAUAAAUUUUGUUUUCUAAA